CAUAACUUGAUCACUACAAACAAACAACGAAGAACUUACAUACAGCCACCACAUUUUGUCGCGAAGGACGACUUUUCAUUUCUUGCGUUUUUCUCGUUGUUGGUUUGCUUUGCGAGACUUGAUUUAUCAUCAUUCAUCGUGUUGUCGAUUCAUACCCUCCCAAACCCAGUAUCAUAGCUCUCAACAUAUUGUUCAGUCUCGCAAUGCGACUGUGGAACGUCCACAAUGCAACAACGUCGAGAUGAAAUCCUAGCGAAAAAGGCGAAGCUUGCUGAGCUCAAGCGCCAGAGAGAGCUUCGGGCAAGCCAAGCAACAGCAAGUCGCUCCAACAUAGGAACCUCUAGCGACUUGAUAUCGCCAACUCCUGGAAGAGCAGAUAACCGCCGCGAGAUCGAAACUCUGAUAAACAGUCUCGUCGGUGAUAGUAGGCCCGGCUCGACUGUCACGGGAGGACCUGGCUCUCCCGCUCCUCGUGGUAGCCGUCCAAACAGUGUCCUCAGCGCCGGCGAAUUCAGCAACGAACCCUCCGAAGUCACGACCACUAGUCACGUUCAAGUUCCCGCGCAACCGCCACCUAGUCUUAGUACUGCUCCCCUCCUGACCGUUUUCGAAUGCCCGCCGUCUCCGGUAAAGGAGGUCUUCUCAUACAGCAAAGGUGUCCAGACAACAGAAGAAUGGACAACACCUACCAGAACCAGGGCUCAGUCUCUCAUAUCUGAAGCCGAAGAUGUUCCCGCCGUAACUUCAACGCCCAGCAAGAGGCUGAGCAGGAGAGAGCGAGAUCGAGAAGAGGAACUCCGACAAAAGAUUAGAGAAGAGGUGGAGGAAGAAUUGAGGGCGACAAAGGAGUUUCUGAGCGACGGUGUGCUUCCUUCCGGCUCGGGUUUGAACUAUCCUUCCAGGAAUCUUACCGCUGAAGAGCUGGACGCUGUCGCCCACUCAGAUGAAUUCGUUGACUUCCUGGAUAAGUCGACAAAGGUGAUCGAGAGAGCUCUCGACCAAGAGACAUAUGACAUUCUCACAGACUACGCUUUACAAGGCCAGGAUAACGAUGAUGAAGAUGAAGAUAGUGGUAAUACAGGUGGUAAGGGGCGACACAGGAUAAAAGAAGUUGUCCAGUUCUUCGACGAGCGGUGGUCUAAGAAGCGCAUGAUCAGCGGGAUUGAUUUCUCGCCAAAGUUCAGCGAGCUUGUCCUCGCGUCAUACACCAAAAAUCCGACAGCUCCCCAUGAACCUGACGGGCUGGUUCAGGUCUGGAACAUGCACAUGCAAGAUCGCCCUGAAUACGUUUUCACCGCGCAGUCAGACGUCUUGACUGCUAAGUUUUCUCCUUACCACAAUAACUUGAUUAUCGGUGGUUCAUAUAGCGGUCAGGUGUUGCUGUGGGACACGAGAGCAAAGGCGGCUCCGGUUCAAAAGACCCCCCUUACGGGCUAUGGUCAUGCCCACCCUAUCUACUCUGUUGAUAUUGUUGGUACCCAGAACGCCAACAAUAUCAUUUCUUGCUCCACUGAUGGUGUGGUCUGUGGCUGGACAAUGGACGUCUUCGCUCAACCUCAAGAACUUCUUGAACUCAAGAACCCUAGUCAGGCCAAGGUGGCUGUCGAAGACGUGAGCCCAACGUGCCUUUCUUUCCCAGCUACAGAUCCUACAUUCUUCCUCGUUGGCAGUGAGGAGGGCACCAUCUUCCCUUGCCACCGAUAUGACCGUGCCGGUGCCAAGGCUGGUGUUGAUAAGAAGAUCAGCUACAAGGGACAUACCGCCCCUGUCAUGUCUGUGGAUUUCCAUCCUGCUAGAGGGCCGGUGGAUUUGGGCGAUCUGGUCAUAUCGUCGUCGCUCGAUUGGAGUGUUAAGCUUUGGAAGGUUCGAGCACCUGCGGCGACAUCUACAAUCGGCUCUGGCGAUGGCACCAUCUCGCCCCUAAUUGACUUUGUGCGUGAGGAUGUCGUCUACGACGCUAAGUGGUCGCCCGUUAAACCCAACAUUUUUGCAUUGGUCGAUGGUGCUGGAUGGCUGGAGCUUUGGGACAUUGCAGUCGAGACGGAAGAGCCUGUGUCCAAGAUUUCGCCCAGCUCUCGAAAGGAUGGCAGAACUAUGCUUUCGAAGAGUCUGAACAAGGUUGCAUGGGAGCCCAAUGAUGGAAAGCGUCUUGCGACUGGUGGCAUCGAUGGCUCUCUCACAGUAUUCGAGGUUGCCAGUGGUCUUGGUGGCAAGGAUGGCCCAAAGAACGAGGACUGGGCGAAUGUGAAGAAGCUUGUGAACCGACUGGAGGCAGUUGGUUCAAAUGGUGCAUUGGUAGUUUAGUGAUCUCCAUUGGAUGGAGUAUUGGCAGCAUAGUGGCGUAUGUUCUUGUGUUGCAAGGUAGUUACGAGAUGAAUUUACUGAUAUACCCAAG